AAAUCCUCCCAUUAUCAGAUCGAACCAUCUCCAUUUCCAUUUCCCCAUUUUUUCUUCUUCCUUCUCUCAUAUUCUACGUAUCUUCAAACACAAUCUGAAAAAAAAAAAAAAAAUUGUAUGCACAUGUAAAUACAGAUUUGUAGGAGUAUUGAAUAUCUCUCUUUAAACUCAUUUCCAUCUGUAUUUUGCGAUUUGGAAGUAAAAGAAUUUGAAAGAACAAAGAGGGGAGAGAGAGAGAGAAAGAGAGAGAAAUAUAAUAGGGGGCUCAGUUCUUACUGUGCCUCCUCUUAGAUCUUACUUCUAUUGAUAAGUUCUCAUCUGGGUUUUCAUUAAAACAGGAUUGCUGAAUUCUUUGUGGAUUGAUCGUGGAAGGAUCCGAUGUAUUUCGAUUGAAUCGCAGGAUAUACAAGUUGGUUUUACAGUUGCGUGGAUUUAGUUAUAAGUAAGCUUGUGCAGGAAAAAUGCAAUCUGAUCUUGGAAAAUUAUUCAUUGGUGGAAUUUCCUGGGACACAAAUGAAGAACGUCUGAAGGAGUAUUUUAGUGAUUUCGGGGAAGUUUUGGAAUCAGUAAUUAUGAAGGAUCGGAGCACAGGGCGCGCCCGCGGGUUUGGGUUUAUUGUUUUUGCAGACCCUAUAGUGGCAGAGAGAGUGAUUAGGGAGAAACACAACAUCGAUGGAAGAAUGGUUGAGGCGAAAAAGGCUGUUCCAAGGGAUGACCAGAACACAAUGAGUAGAAGCAUUAGUAGCAUUCAGGGCUCUCCUGGCCCAAUACGCACAAGGAAGAUAUUUGUUGGAGGUUUAGCUUCCACAGUAACAGAGACCGACUUCAAAAUGUAUUUUGAGCAGUUUGGGAUCAUCACAGAUGUCGUUGUCAUGUAUGAUCACAACACUCAGAGACCAAGAGGGUUUGGGUUCAUCACAUAUGACUCGGAGGACGCCGUGGACAAAGUGUUGCUCAAAACUUUCCAUGAGCUCAAUGGAAAAAUGGUUGAGGUCAAGCGUGCAGUCCCCAAAGAGUUGUCACCGGGUCCCAGCAGAAGCCCACUUAGUGGAUAUAACUAUGGUGUGAGCAGAAUCAAUAGCAUUCUCAGUGGAUACACGCAAGGGUACUCUCCCACUACUGGAGGCUAUGGUCUUAGAAUGGAUGGAAGAUUCAGUCCAAUUGCUGGAGGUCGAAGUGGGUACGCUCCAUUUGGUUCGGGUUAUGGAGUGGGUUUGAACUUUGAACAAGGGUUGACCCCUAAUCUUGCAGCAAGUGCCAACUUCAAUAAUACUCUCAGCUAUGGGCGGGGAUUGAACCCUUAUUAUAUGGGCAAUUCAAAUAGGUUUGUUAAUCCCGUUGGAUAUGACGAGGGUAAUGGAGGAAACAAUUCCUUAUUUAGCUCAGGAAAUCGAAAUUUGUGGGGUAAUGGAGGGCUAAAUGAUGGGACUAACUCUACAAAUUCGAAUGCCUAUGUGGGGUCUGCAGGUGGGACCAUUGGAAGCACUUUUGCUAACAGUGGAGUUAAUUGGGGUCCUUCGCUAAUCUCAGGCCAAGGUGGAGGUAAUAUUUCUGGCCGUGGUGGGAAUCUUGGUUAUGGAGGUGGUGAUAACAGCUAUGGUUUGGGAGGGGGCAGCUAUGCAAGCAAUAAUGCAACUGUUAGGCCUGCCUCAUCAUCUUUUGCUGUGUCAAAUGGCGGUUAUGAUGGGGCUUUUUCAGAUUUUUAUAGUGGCAGUUCAGUUUACGGGGACCCUACUUGGCGUUCCACAAAUUCUGAGACUGAGAGAGAGGGAUCUGGUUCAUUUGGUUACGGGCUUCGCAAUGGAGCAUCCGAUGUUCUUGCUAGAAGUCCUUCAGGUUAUGUUGGUGGUUACAGUGUUACUGAGAGACAAACAAAUGGCGGCCGUCUUGCCUAUUGCCAUCUUAGUGCCAACACUGAGGCCAAAUCUUUGGAAUAAUUUUUUUAGGAAUUGCCGGUUAGGAGGAUACCAUAUAUCAGUAGUAGGCAAAGAGAUUUGGUGUAGCUUGGUCAACUGUGAAUUUUGCACACUCCCUCGGAAAUAUAUAUCAGUCGAAAAAAGUUGAAAAAAGAAAUUUGUUACUUCCUCUAUAGCUAACUGGAGUGCCUGUUUUGAAGGAUUAUGCUCAGAGAUAGAAAUCACAAGAGAUUUUGUGUUAGGUUUUGAAUAUUACCAUUUUGAGGUUUCUGUUUGGCAUUGAGUGAGUUGUAAAAUCAGAUUGCGGAAUAUAGUCGGAAAUGUGUCAUGCAUCUCUGGUGAAAGGGACGAUACGUUUCUUUGACAAAAAACAGAAAAAAAAAAAAAUAUAGACUUAGAUUUUUGGGUUCCGUUUCUGGAAUUGUAUUUCCUGCUGUAUUUUUUUUCUCUGCAAAGGUGCAGGUUCUUGUCAGGUAAUCCUUGUUUUUUCCUUGUUCCCUUCAUUGGUUUUUGCUCAGAUUGUACCAGAUGUUAUUAACUCUUGGUUUAGUAUUGUUAAACUUAAAAACAUCUGAGGGAUA